AUGGUAAUAAAAUGUCGGCGAGAGUCACGAGCGGCUGAGCGAGUGCGCGUGCUCAGCGUCGGACGAGACCGGCGAGAGCGAAUUGGAUCGGGAUCAGGAUUAGACCUUAAAUAUUAUUACGACGACCAGCCAGUACAAAAGCCUGUUCUUGAGUGCGACUCACAGGAAACUCUGUUUUUUACACGCCUGAUGUAUCGAUUCUCCUAUUCCGAGAUUGUAGACUUCGUUGAGAGACUUAUGUCAGAGUUACUGGCUAACGUAUAUCGGGUC